AUGUUCUUAAGUGCGGGCCUCAACUGUAUUGCAGAUCUGAAGGACGAUCUUUGUGAGGAGUCGCUUGCCCACCUGAACAUGGACCAACUGAAGAUAGACUCGGACGACGACGAGGCCGACUCUUCGGUGGGAGGCGAGGGACAGCCCCUGAUCUCCUCGUCCGCCACCGUACGCUGAGGUAUCUAGGCGGUUCGGAGACCUCGAAGAAAUAGCAAAGAGGUGCAGCAUGGCCGGGGUAGCUUACCAUCUUCGCAAGGCGAAGUUAGCCUGGUGAUGAGCGAGACUGGGUCAAAGAAAACGAAGCAAAUAGACUAUGCAUGCAUGGCAGACUUCAUGUAAAGUUGCAGAAGCUGCCCACAGGCGAUGUUCAUGGACGUCUGUUUUUUUUUUUUUUAAGGGUAGGGCGUACUACUUGUACUGCUGUAGGUGUUGGUAUGCCCUUGUUGUGUGACCUCCAAAGUCCAAAGAGUGUUGUCAACGGCAUGUAUUAUCGUAGGGGGACAUGAGGGAGAAGGAGGGAGAAAGAGUGCCAGGCCCAAAGCCAGUCGAAAAGGGGGCCCGCAACUCGUAUCUCAAGGUCUCUCCUAGCCGCCCCUCAAGGCAAUCCCAUCUGCGGUACACGAAACCGCCAGUGAUUUGGUACAAUCCGACUAAUCUACCUCCACGCACGAACACCCUCCCUUGGUUCUUUACGCCAGUGAAUAACCACCACUCGUGCGUCGAAGAGUACAUCCGAAAAGCACCUAAAACGACGCAAAUCAGAAACAAGGGGAGACCCGCCAUCGGAUCAAAACCCCUUACAAAUCUCAACGCCUUCACGCCGUUCAUAUCAUGAAAGAUUCCAACGGCCGUAUUGCAACAUCAAGGCAAGACAAUAUCUACCACCGCCCCCGGCUCGCUCUCUACGCCACGCUCGGCUGACUCGACAAGGUCCUCCCUGCGCAGCACAAAAACAAAUCAUCAAGCACGCCCCUACCCUUCUGGUGAGGUCGUACGACAAACUUGGCCAAAAUAGCCACCUACAAUGCACCUGAUAUCCAUUGUCCGCUCCUCGAAUAACACUGAUAGUCUAGACGCCGUAUGCCCUUCCUUACGCAACACAUACCUAGUAGUUGGGGACGACUUCAUACGCCCUCUCUAGUGUGCCAAACAACGCGCGUCGCUUUCCCCUUCUCGGAGAGGCGCUUUCCUUUCUUCAUUCCUUGAUCAAAGGCGACGCCUGGUGAGAUUCGAACUCCCGGCGUAUCCUUACUCGUUACAUGGUCUUAUUCACCAGACUACUCAGUCACUCGGUUGCCUAGAAGCACAUACACGUGGCGAUCGCCCAGCAUUCAAUCAACCAAUCAGACACAUGGUACAUGCAACAUCGUGGAAACACGACCAAACUCCUCCCGUAAAUAGAGUCCAACAACACCCAAGAGGCAACGCCCUCCGUCAUCCAAUAACUGCAAGAUCGAAAUAGUUCCACCUCAAUCAUGAGAGGACGACCAUAACUCUGUCACGUUGCAGAAUAUCUGCAGACCGGGCGCAAAACUCUCCGAGCAUUACACUCUCCAAAACAAAAAAACCACGCACGGCGCCACCCUCCCUUAUUCUGCAACCACACAGGCCACACAGGGAACACAAAACAAGCGGUGACGCGUGAAACUCGAGCAUAUGGCGGCGGAAACACCCAUGGAUUUCAACAAGCAAUUAACAGCGAUCUAUGCAAGUCCGCAACAGCGCCUCACUUGCGACUAUUCACGUGCAAUACAAUUAUCGCCCUUUACUGCUAAACGCCACAUACAAAAGAAUCAGAAAAAAAA